UGUGUUGAUUGGCUGUUGAGGGUCAGGUGGGGUCAAGUAUUUGCAAUUAGCAGCAAUGCAGGUAUAAAAGCUCAGGUGAGUGUCUUUUGUUUGAGUGCAGUUUUUUUUUGGCUGAAGAGAAAAGACCAAUAUCAGAUAAUUUAACAGAAUGUCUGGCCGUGGCAAAAAGGUGCAGAAGGCUGCUAGCGGCAAGGCCUCCAGAUCAGCCAAGGCAGGUUUGCAGUUCCCAGUGGGUCGUAUCCACAGGCUUCUGAGGAAGGGAAACUACGCUGUGAGAAUUGGUUCUGGAUCUGCCAUCUACCUGGCCGCCACUCUGGAAUACCUGUGUGCUGAGGUGUUGGAAUUGGCAGGGAACGCUGCCAGGGACAACAAGAAACUCCGGAUCAUGCCAAGGCACAUCCAGCUGGCAGUCAGGAAUGAUGAUGAACUGGCCAAGCUGUUUGAGGGUGUGACCAUCGCUGAUGGAGGAGUCCUGCCCAACAUCCAAUCUGCUCUGCUGCCAAAGAAAACGGUCAAAGGCUCCUCAUCUUCACAAGAACCUACAGCAGUUGAGUCCCAGGAAUUUUAAAAGACUGAACCUGUGUUUUUACACUCACAUAAACCAUUAAAUAUUGGUAACUUAUUACUGUGACUUGAGUUAAUCAAUAACCAGUGUAAAUGCUUAUGUGACUUGUUGGUUAUACAUAGUUUUGCAAAUAAAGAUAUAUAUUUUUUU